AUGAAUCCCUCACACCCCUUUUCAUCAUCACCCCAACACCCAUCUUCAUCCUCGCAAGAGGAUGACGAUGAUCUCAUUGCUACAAUACAAUCACAACAACAAGCACUACUAAGUACGUAUGCUAACAACAAUGCUGCCAUGGCUUACUGUUUGGAGAUUAUGUCUACUCAAGCCAUCAACCCAAGUCAUGGCGGUUCAAUUUCUGGGCAUAGAGUGAUUCACCGUGACCGUGAAGAUGGUGAUCGAAGAUUACAUGCUGAUUAUUUUUCAGAAAAUCCAAAAUAUAAUGAGGCAAUAUUUCGUAGACGAUUUCGAAUGAGUCGAAAUUUGUUCUUACGAAUUGCCAAUGCUGUUGCAGAGCACAACAAUUACUUUGUGCAACGGAGAGAUACAAUCGGUAGACUAGGCUUGUCUACUUUACAAAAAGUAACAGCAGCAUUUCGAAUUUUGGCAUAUGGAGUAGCAGCAGAUGCAACCGAUGAAUACAUCCAAAUUGGAGAAUCAACAGCAAUUGAAAGUUUGAAGAGAUUUUGCAGAGCGGUCGUAGAGGUCUUUGGACAACGCUAUCUAAGAGCGCCAGAUGCUAAUGAUGUUGCAAGGUUGCUUGAAAUUGGUGAGAGGCGUGGCUUUCCAGGGAUGCUUGGGAGUUUAGACUGCAUGCAUUGGACUUGGAAAAACUGUCCAACAGCUUGGGCCGGACAAUAUGCUGGGCGUAGUCGAGAACCAACUAUUGUUCUCGAGGCCGUAGCUGAUUAUGAUUUGUGGAUUUGGCAUGCACAUUUUGGUUUGCCGGGGUCGAAUAAUGAUAUUAAUGUGUUGGAGGCAUCACAUUUGUUUGCAAACAUUGCAAAUGGUACGGCACCUCCUGCUCAUUAUGUUAUUCAAGGGAAAGUGUACGAUACAGGAUAUUAUUUAGCUGAUGGGAUAUAUCCGAAAUGGUCAACCCUGGUGCAAACUAUUCAUCAGCCCCUAGGACCAAAGAAAAAGUUAUUUGCAAUGAUGCAAGAAGCAUGUAGAAAGGAUGUAGAACGUGCAUUUGGGGUCCUUCAAUCAAGAUUUGCAAUAGUCAAGGGACCAGUACGUUUUUGGGAUAAACAUGUAUUGCAUGAUAUAAUGACAUCAUGCAUCAUAAUGCAUAAUAUGAUAAUUGAAGAUGAACGUGAUGAGCAAGUCGAUAUACAAAGUUGGAGAGAAGCACCGGGUCCUGAGGUUGAUAUAUGUAGAGAUGAAAGAAUUGUCUUUGAAGAGUUUCUUGCUCGACAUAGGCAAAUCAAAAAUAAAGAAGCGCAUUAUGCGCUUCGUGAUGCAUUGAUCGAGCAUAUGUGGGAACAUUAUGAAUUUGGUGCAAUGGUUGGAGAUGGUCUAAGCACUGAAAUUUUCAGAAAAGUAGAGGGAAAAAAUGGUUUUGGAUUUUUGGUAUUUGUUGAUGAUAUUUUGCUGAAUGCUCAAGUUCAAGAAAUCCCGGUUCUUUAA